ACAGACCGUCGGAGCAGCGGGGAGAUUGUGAGCAGUGUGAGGAGAUCACAGGGCAGGGGGCCGAGGGAUGAGCGGCUGGUGUUGGACGAGCACGUCAGCAGUGUCACCACUCUGAUCCAGAGGCUGAGCAGGGAUAUUGAGGUUUUGCAGGAGAAACUGCCCACCCAGGCUGAGGUGACCUACGGGGCCCGGUCUGCUCUACAGAGAAUGGAACUGCUGCAGCUUGCUAUCCUGGGAGACCUCCGAGGAAGGGUUGCCAGAUGUGAUGCCAACAUUUCCAAGUUAUCAGCUGACCUCCACGCCACCAGAGAGGAUCUCCAAAGCCUGGACAAAGAGCAAAAGAUCUCUAAAGCUGCAUUAGAGACCAAAUUUCAGGAGGUAGAAACCCAGGUGUCUUUGAUGUGCAGUAAGGUAGAUCAGUCUACAACCCUAAAAGAAGCCAGGAGGAAACCCACAGAGGGAGACAGCAGCCUACUAGACUCCAAAUUAAAAAUGAUAACCGAUGAAUUGAAAGCCCAGAUCAUCUCUGUUCAGAACUGGAUGGACAAGGAAAUGGAGAACACACUUAAGGAAGUUCUAAACCGGAUUGAGCAGCUUUCCAAACUCAUACAGAAUAAGAUUAACAGCAACGACAAGGCUGUCCAGGAGAAGUACAGCCAGCUCGCGGGGAAGCUGUACACGCUCGAGCAGACGCAGAGAGAGAGGUCUCAGAGGGGGAGAGACGCUGAGCAGACGCUCAAAGCCAGAAUCAGCAGGGUAGAGCAGAGGCUGUGGGCUGAAGUGCAGGACUUAAGGGCAGAGACCAAUGCCGGAUUUACCAUCAUCCACGCGAGCCUGGCUUCCCUGAGGAAAGUUCUGGAGGUGAAGAUAAGGCUGACCCAUGAGCAGCUGGAGCAGCAGAUCGGUCAGGCCCAACGUGGAGGGGCUGAACACAGUGAGCGUGUGGGGUAACAAGCCAGAAAGCACCAUUACCCCCUCUCUCCACCACUAGACUGCACAGUGACCCCCCCCCCCCUUAUCUUUUUCCAAUCACAACUUUAUGUUGGAUUUUUGGAUCAUAUUUAUUCAUUUUUGAAUUCUGAAAUGGCUUGAUAAUGACUUUCAAUGUCUACAGAGUAAAACUGUCAUUCAAAGAUUUUGCAUGACACUGACAAUACAAUAAAGCCUGAGAUCUCUCAUUCAUUACUUUCUAGGUGUUCAGCAUACAUUGUGAAAUGUGAAAUUAUCUCCUUGUUGCUUUGCAUGUAUGCAUACUUUGUUUGAUACACUGUGAAAUAAUAUUUAGAGUAAAAUAUGUUCUGCAGUAUCUGCAUAAAAUGCUAAAUAUAUUUAAUCAUAGUUAAUUCAUUGCUUUCACAGCAGAAAAAUGGGCAAGACCUGUGGGUUUGGCCAGUAUAUUUUGACAAAAUGAUUAGAGAGCCGGGCUUAUUACUGAAAAGUUGCAAUUCUGUUCCGAGCAGGGCUGUUGUACCUUUGAAUUUACCUGAUUUUUUUCGGUAAAUAUCCAGCUAUUACAGUGAAUACCUGUAAAUGGAUUGUAUUGUGGAAGUUGCUCUGGUUAAGAGUCUGCUAAGUGCCAAAGUAUGCCAUUUGCCAAAGGAUUUCUGCUUACACAGUAUUUACAGAAAUCCAGUCCUCAGCCUGUUUCUGUUUAUUAGAUCAGCAGAAAUCAGGUGCUUGAAUGAGACUGGAGUGUGGUAUUUUUACAAUUAGUUCUCUAUUUCCAUUUGGAUAGAUUACAUAUAUGUACAGAACAAAAAUAAGGUAUUUAUUUAUUUAUUUAUUUAUUUGUGCACUACAGGAUACGGUCGGUCAUUAAUUGGGUAAUAUUACAUUUGAAUUGGAUAUGUGAGGGGGCUUUUUUUAAUUUGUCAUUGUUUUUCAGUCUUGUGUGUCCAUUAAUAUGGUGUGACAGUUUACCUUUGUCAACAAAAUUGAUCUUGCUCUGUGACAGUUAAUUCAAAUCAAAUGUAAUGUUCAGCCUCCUCUUUACUGCUUACUGAUGCCUAUCAUUUAGGACUAAAGUCACAGAACUAUCUGAAAUGCAUGAUUUACUGAAUCAGUGUUAUGUGCUAAUAUAAUUUGCAUUUGAUGCUUUGCUUGACUGUUGCCAUACUGUGUAAAUUACUUCCUGUUGGCUAAAGCAAACCACACUCAACAAUUAUGGCUGCUAGUUUCCAGCCCUAUAUCUUAAAUUAACCAAUCAAUUGCUGAGAAGCAAGAUAAAACAGCAUACCUUCCAACCGAACUUUGAAUGGGGUGUGAUGGAUUGGAGAAUACAUUUUGCGGUGUCAUUUGUGGUGUGUUUACUAAACAUGACAACCUCUUGUUGUCAUUAAAUGUAAUUCUAGAUACAAAUUAUUCAGAAUAAAACAUUUUGCUUUACAAAU